UACCAUUCCGACAAAUGUAGUCUAAAUCAUGGCGGUAAGCUGUAUUAUUGACGGUCUUUCGUAGUGGAUCAUUCAAUUCAUGCAUCGUAUGGAAUUCAGAGCGAGUGUUAGCAAUUAGGAAAGAUUAUUUUUCCUGAAGUUACUUUUGACCUUUUGUUUCAAGUUAAUUCGUAUUCGAAUAUGAGUAUCAUGGGAGAGUCGCAGCAAGCUAUGUUUGGUGAAACCACAACAAUGCCAGAAAAGUUAUUUAAAGUCAUAAUGAUUGGUGAUCCUACAGUGGGGAAGACUUCAUUUGUCCAAAGAUACAUGCUGAAGACAUACAAGAAAGAUUAUAAAGGAACAGUUGGUGUAGACUUUGCUUUAAAGAUACUGAAAUGGUCUGACACUCAGACAGUAAAGCUACAGCUUUGGGACAUAGCUGGUCAAGAACGAUUUACUUGGAUGACCAGAGUUUAUUAUAAGGAUUCCCAUGGUUGUGUUAUCAUGUUUGAUUUAACAAAUAAAAAUUCAUUUAUAAAUACACUAAAGUGGAAAAGAGAUGUGGAUUCAAAAUGCAGCCUUCCUGAUGGCAGCCCCAUCCCUUGUAUGCUGUUAGCAAAUAAAUGUGAUCUUCCUCAUAGACAAGUGGACCAAAUGGAGAUUGAAGCAUUUUACAAAGAACACAAUUUCAUUGGAUGGACAGAAACUUCUGCAAAAGAAGAUUUGAUGGUUGAGGAUUCAAUGAGAUUUUUGGUGGAUGUGAUGAUGCGACAAGAAACUGGAAAUGCGAAUUUGGAUUCGGACAGUUUGAGAUUAACUGGUCCUGGCCCUCAACCUGCCCGUGGUGGUUGUUCAUGUUAACAGGAUAAUCUGUUGGACAAGCUUUUUUUUCUUCUUCCUUCAGUGAAUUCCAUAUGAAUGUAUUAAAAAGGGUAUUCCCAAAAGAGUUGCUUGGCAUGAAAUGCAAUGUUUAUUUAUGUAGUUAGUCAUGCUUCAGAUUGAUCUUCUGUGCCAAUGUAAAAGUAUUUAAAAAUAUAAUGUCAAAGCUUUCAGGCUUAAUUUCUAGAACAAUGGUUGCUUCAGUAGGACUUCAUAAAAAUAAUUUGGGUAAAUCUAUUUUAUCUUGUAUGAAGAAAUUUUGAGAUGGGACAAUACUAAUUUUUAUUUAUGCAACUAUUGUAUUGUCAAACACAUAAAUUUGAAUGUUAUAGGUAAUGUGUGUUCUGUUGAGCACAGAAAGAAUAAUAGUAAUUUAUAUUGCAUUUCUGCUUUGAAACAUGUGUAUUAAUCAUAUAAAAGAUUAACAUCAUUUCAGCUGCUACUACAGCUCCCUUUUGAGCCUUUAUAUUUGCAGCUGUGGUACAUAAGCCACCAGACACAUUCCAUUAUAUUCUUACACCCUUGUGGCCUUACUCCUUAUAUGAACUGCCAAACUUAGUACUUUCCAUGAGCUUUUAUAUUUUGUAUAACUUUUUGUAUUAUAAUGAAUACUCAGACAACAAUAUUUAUCCAUUUGAACUAGUCAAUUUAUUUCAUUAUAAAAGAAAUUAAAACUUAAGUGGAAAACCAUGACUUCUAUGACAAGUUCUAAAGGCAUCAGACCUAAUGGCUCUGAAGCUAUUUCUGUGAUAAGUUUUUUUCCCACAUUUUAUGUAAGUGUUUUGCUUUUAUCAAUUUAUUGUAUUGAAAAUAUCGUAAGAAAUAUAUUGUGUUCAAAGUUUGUUAAAUCUUGCAUAUUGUAGUAAAUCUGUUUUCUUCCCUUUCUCAUUUUUAAAUUAACUUACUGCAACAGUUUUUAAAAGCAGCAUAUUGGUAUAUAUAAUAUAUCUUUUUUGAAACUACCAAAAUAAUGAAACCCAAAUAAUCUGAAAGAAUUGGGGCACUGCCUUUCGUGUAUUAUCGUAUGUAAUGUGCCUACUUUCCUUGAGUAAAUACAGUGGAAUCUGAUUAGUUGGUUUUAAGAGGCUGAAAGAUUUUGAAUGACUUGAGCUGGAAAACAUUAUUGAAAAAUGUUAAAUUUGUUUUCAUGUUUCCUUCAAAACACCAUAAUUUGGAGUAGAAAUUAGUUUUCACAUAACACAUAUACAAGAUUAAUUUAAUUAGAAACUAUAACUAAAUAAAACUAAUUAUAAAUAAUACAUGGCAUUUCAAAUAAUGCAAAUAAGCAACACAAGUUCACAACUGUUACACAUUCUAUCACAGAACACCUGUUCUGUGAUGUGUAGCAGUUAUGCAGAGGUACAGUAGAAACUUUCUUUAGCUGGUUUCCUUAUCAAACUGCCAGAAAAAAUGAGUCUAUACUCCUAAAGUGCCCUGCCUUUGAUAUACAUUGAAGACCAUACUGUUCUCUGGGAAAAAAAACAACAUGAAUUGUGGAUCAUGUUACUGGCUUGAAAUGUGUUAGUAAAUUAGUAAUUUAAUGGGAUUACGACCUGGACAGUUGUAUGUUUUAUGCAGCAAAAUGUAAUGGGAACAUGCUUAUGAGAUUCCACUGUGUUAUGUUGCUUCUAGAGUUUAUACAAAUCUAGAGAGAAAAAAAUUGAUUUCUAAUAUGGAUAUUAAAGAUUCUCAAUUUAAUAAUCAGUAUUUUAAAUGUUGGGUAAAUAAAAGUGCAGUUGCAUUAUAUUCAUAGAUUGGUAUAUGUGAAUAGUCUAUGAAUUAAACUUUGUAGUUGUGAUUUUGGUAAGGGUUAACAUUUUUCCAGUGCAAUAAGAUUUCAUACUUUAUCAAAUUUCCAAAAGUUAUUAUUUAUUACAUAUGCUUCAUAGUUGCACUUUUAUACUUAUAAUAAUGUGUAAUUGACUAGAAGCCUUUUCUCAAAAAAUCUGGCUUGCAAGGACAUGGUUCAAUAGGAGAAAGUAAUUUGUGUUCUUAUAUAUUAAUGCAUUUACCGUGGACAAUCAUUUUGUACUGUAUUUCUGAAUAAAACAAUUACAUUUCUGG